UGUCAGUGAGCUACAGCGCAUGCGCAAUAGUUCACGCUGCUCAUCAACCGGAACUAAACUUAGUUGGCUAAAAAAUCAAAAAAGCUGAACUCGGAAUGCAAAGAGCGCCACAUGGAGGCGGUGUUAAAAAAUGUGGCUAGCGCGGUGGAGCUGCUAGCUGUGGCGGCUUAUAGCGAUGCGAUGAGUCAGUGGGAUGAAAAGACUCUGUCCAGAGCGUUUCAUUGGGCCAGGUACUGCGAGCACGUGUACACCAGGUUCCACACUAACUCUGCCGGCAGAAGAGUCGUGGAGAAGCAGCUGCAACACACCAAUGCACGUUUGCGAGAUGCUUUUGCAGACUACCGUGAGGUCUCCUUCAUGGACCUCCCCCGCUGUGAGCAUCUGCUGCUCCUGGCUCUGCUCAGCAACCCUCAUCUGCCCAUUUCCACCAUGAAGAUACUUUUUGGCAAAAAAGACGUUGCCAGCAGAUACUAUGACUACAAGGAGGUCACUGGACUCUGCAGCCACCUCAUCCAAUGCAAAUCAGCGUGUAAAGUCCUGUGUCCUUUCUCAGGGCUGUCAGCUGUUGAUGCUGACGCUGAGGUGCAGGGGGAGAUGCUGAUGAAGAGGCUGGACGCUCUGCUGAGCCAAGGCAGUGACCCCCAACAGGCCGAGCACUUUUUACACUCUGUCCUGCUGCUGUCUGAAGAAGCAGCCCACCAUUCCUGCCUAGUCAUCACUGCAGCUCUGCUGACAGCAUCCGAUUCAGGCACCCAAACCUCUUCACAGAGUUUUCUGUUGAACUGGCUGCAGAAAGAACACGGCAUGCUGCAGCACAUGGGCUCCACACUGCCUUCUGCUGUUCUCAAAGAUCUAGCCAGAGCACAUGGGAAAUUUAGAGAUGCAUACUUCAGUGCUCUGAAAAAGUGGGCGUCAGAGAUGGAGUACAGCCUGAACGAUGGAGAAUGGCUUCCUGAAGGCACAGCACCAUCGCUGUCCUUUCAGGAAAUGGUCGAGCACUUUUCAGACUUGUUUGAUGCCUGUCCGUCUUUAAGGAGGAAUGCAGAGGAUGAGCUGCUUGCUUUAAAGAUUUUAGAUGGAGACUUUGACGCCAGAGGCCUGAGCGUUUGGGGAGACAUACUGUCAGAGUUAAAGAAGUGACUGGCAAGUUUUUUUCAAUGCUGAAAUAUAUGAAAAACCACAAUUGCAAUUUGUCUUUAGUGUCUUAAUUAAAAUAAAUAUUAUAUGAAUAAACAUGAAAACUUAUAACCUC